AUGGCUCCUCGCGCGACGUCUUCUUCCGGCCGGCGCUCGGGCAGCGUGCUGCGCUUCCAGGGCUGCGCGCACUUCAGGCAGCGUCUGGUGUGCGCCACGCUCAGCGGGCGCCCGCUGAUCAUUGAGGACAUCCGCUCGGAGGACGAGAACCCGGGGCUGCGGCCCUUCGAGGCGAGUCUGCUGCGGCUGCUGGACCGCGUGACGAGCGGCAGCCACCUGGAGAUCAACGAGACCGGCACCAAGCUCAAGUACCAGCCCGGCCUGGUGCUGGGCGGCCGCGUGGCCCACGACUGCGGCACGGGGCGCGCCGUCGGCUGGUUCCUGGAGGUGCUGGCGGCGCUGGCCCCGUUCGGGAAGCUGCCGCUGCACGCGACGCUGGACGGCGUGACCAACGACCACGUGGACAGCUCGGUGGACAGCUUCAAGGCCACGACGCUGCCGCUGCUGCGACACUUUGGCCUCGAGGAGGGGCUCGACCUCGUGGUCAAGAAGCGCGGCGCGCCCCCGCUCGGCGGAGGACAGGUUGUCUUCCGGUGUCCGCUGGUGCGCGAGCUGCGGCCCAUCCACUUGACGGACGAGGGCUUCAUUAAACGCAUCCGCGGCGUCGCCUACAGCACGCGCGUGUCCCCGCAGACGUCCAACCGCAUCGUGGAGACCAGCCGCGGGCUGUUCAACAAGCUGCUGCCCGACGUCUACAUCUACUCGGACCACUACAAGGGCGCCGAGUCGGGCCAGUCCCCGGGCUUCGCGCUGAGCCUCGUGGCCGAGACCACCACGGGCAUCUUCCUGGGCGCGGAGGCGGCGGCCGAGCCCGGCGACCUGCCCGAGGACGUGGCCACCCGCGCGUCGCACGCGCUGUGCGAGGAGAUCAGCAAGGGAGGCUGCGUGGACUCGACGAACCAGGCGCUGGUUCUGCUGAUGAUGGCUUUGGGGCCCGAGGAUGUGGCCAAGGUGCGCUUCGGCAAGCUUACGCCCUACAGCAUCGAGUGUCUGCGCCACCUGCGUGACUUCUUCGGCAUCACGUUCAAAAUCAAACCCGAUCCCGAGACCAAGACGGUGCUGCUCUCGUGUCUGGGCGUCGGCUUCAAGAACUUGGCCAAGAAGGUCACCUAG